CAGUUCGCCGUCACUCUUCGCGCACGAUGCUCACCCACGAGUGUUAGAAAACGUGCUCGAAAAGUUGUUCGAAUUUUCUUCGAACUUUCGAAAAUCUUCGAGAGACUUGGUUAGUCGAGAGCGUUGAAAAAAAUUAAUCAAGAUCUGAAAUUCAAUUUGGAAUAUAAGAAUGUUAAUUAUGAUUGCAAGAGUGUAGAGAUCGAUAAGGACUCGGUAGCGAUGCGUUGAGGAAUGAAAUCCGAUUGUGAGAUACUCGAACGAAGCUUCAGAAUUUAACCUCCGGGAGAUCGGACACAUUUUCUUACCGGGGAUAAGCAAUUGAUUCGAAUCGCCAAUGUUUGGUCCACUCGUCUUCACAAUCUUCUCACAAUUAACGGCUCUGACGUAAGAAAGAUCGAGACGGUUUCCUGCAGGUUUAUAAUGGCAUCACGGUGGUUUACAUUUGCAUAAUCGCGCCUUACGAUACCGACGAAACAAGCCGAUUUUUUUGGCCACACGAGCGUUGAACGUUUGUAAACUUUUGCUUUUGGUGAAUUCGAACACCUUCGAGGAUGUCCGGACGACACAAAGAUUGAUGCGAGACGUCGACUGGGAGAGCGAGCAAAAAGAACUGCGUAAAUCAGACUGCUCAUGACACUAAACGAAAUGGCUUCGGAAAGCUGGUCGUUCGGUAACGAAAGAAAAAAGCCGGAGAUCGACAUAGAAUUUAACGAUCUCACCUACACGGUGCCCAACGGAAGAAAAAGUUCAAAGCUCAUCUUGAGAGGCGUCAGUGGGCAGUUCAGGUCUGGCGAACUUACAGCUAUUCUUGGUCCAUCCGGAGCUGGGAAAUCGACGCUCCUCAACAUACUCGCUGGCUACAGAUGCGACGGAACAAAUGGAUCGAUAACGAUAAACGGGUGCUCGCGAGAUGUGCGAGAAUUCAAAAAGUUUUCCUGCUACAUCAUGCAGGAGGAUUUGGUGCAGCCGCAGCUCACGGUUUUCGAAGCUAUGUGCUUUGCUGCCGAUCUCAAGCUCGGCAAGAGUCUCAGCGAGACAGAAAAAAGGUCAAUCGUAGACGAGAUCCUCGAAACACUGAGAUUGAACAGCGCCAGAGACACCGUGACGGAACGGUUGUCCGGUGGUGAGAGGAAAAGACUCUCCAUAGCUCUCGAAUUGGUCAAUAAUCCACCUGUCAUAUUUCUCGAUGAACCAACCACUGGUUUGGACGAAAUGUCGUCGACCCAAUGCGUCGAUCUUCUACGAAGAGUAGCUCAAGGCGGUCGAACCGUAAUUUGUUCGGUGCACACACCGAGCGCGAGUAUAUUCAAGAAAUUCGAUCAGGUUUACGUGGUCGCGUCAGGACAGUGUGUCUACAGAGGUACGAGCGACAACGUUGUUCCCUUUCUCGAGCAGAUCGGUGCUUACUGCCCGAAGCAUUACAAUCCUGCGGAUUUCCUGAUUGAGGUAUCCUCGGAAGAGUAUGGAAGCGAGUACGUCGAGAGAAUGGUCAAUAACGUUGAAUCGAAGUACCCCAUAGUGCCGAUCAAAAAAUGGGAGAAAAAUUCGUCGCUCGUCAAACGGGACGUGCCCAAAAUUUUGUGGCACGAACAAUUUUUCACUCUUUUUAGAAGACGGAUGCUGCAGUGUUACAGAGACAGGAAUUAUUUAUACAUGAAAAUGUCCUUGCACGUUUUCCUCGGCUUCAUAAUCGGUGGACUUUUUCUGGACAUCGGUAACGACGGUUCGAAGACUCUUUUCAACUUUGGUUUCUGCUUUACCUGCCUCAUCGUUUUCCUCUACGUCCCCAUGUUACCGGUACUACUUCAUUAUCCCACGGAGGUCCAGCUCGUAAAACGAGAGUACUUCAAUCGUUGGUACAAUCUAAGUCCCUACUUUUGCUCGAUGAGCAUUGCCAACAUUCCUGCACAGUUUAUCCUCAGUCUCGUAUACUUGAGCAUGGUUUAUGUCAUCACUGGCCAACCGUUAGAGCUAUCCCGAUGCGCAAUGUUUUUCACCACGUGCCUCCUGUGUGUUUUCAUUGCUGAGAGCAUGGGACUCGCAAUCGCCAGUACUCUGAGUAUCGUGAAUGGCAUGUUCGUUGGUCCAGCACUUACAGUUCCUCUCAUGCUCGUCGCUGUUCAAGGCAUGGGCAGCACAGACCCUUUGCCAAUUUAUCGAACCCUCGUUAUGUACAUAAGUUACAUCAGAUACGGAUUGGAGGGUUUGAUAAUAGCGACUUAUGGGUAUAACAGAGAAAAAUUGCCUUGUCCACCGGAGGAAAUGUACUGUCAAUAUAAAUAUCCUCGAGAACUUCUUCGAGUCAUGGGAAUGGAAAACACAAUUUUCUGGAUAGAUUUUGCUGCCCUUAUCGCCAUUCUCAUAAUCUUCAGAUCAAUCACUUAUUAUUUACUGAGACAACGACUCCGACCGAACAAAACGUUCCAAGCUCUUCAUUUGGUUGGCAGGCUGGUGAAAAGUCACUUCAGCAUCGAGUGAUCAGUGAAUUUUUUUAUUUAAAACAUAAAAACGCUGUCGAUUUUUCGUGUAAAUAACGUGAAUAUGUGUGUACAUUUUUAUAUCUAAGAAAAAAUGAGUUCGCGGAGUGCUACGAUUGACAAUCGUGUAUAAAAGUCUUGCAAAACGAACGCAAUUAUCGAAAAGUAUCCAAAAUUACCGAGAAGUUUUUCGACUUGAGGUUUUGAUAGGAAAAAAAAAUUGACGAGGGUGGUGAAACGAUUGAUCGUGUCAAUAAUGGUUACGUUAGAAAGUUUUCAAUGCACUGUUUUUGACAGUUUUUUCAAUAAAUGGAUUAUGGGGAACGAA